AUGGGCAGAACUGGAGGCACAGGGAUGACUAGAUCUUCACAGGUGCGUACUCAAGACAGACAACUGGAUCUCCACUCUAGACAUACAAGAAGGCUUUCACAGGUAGGUGGCUCUCAGCUUUGGGGCUUACAGGUACCUGUUCUCAGGCAGGUGGCUCUCGGCUUUGGAGCCUACAGGUACAUGCUCUCAGGUAAGUGGCUCUUCGCUUGGGCCUACAAGGUAUGUAUUCACAGGCAUGUGGCUCUCAGCUUUGGGGCUUACAGGUACGGGUUCUCAGGGUUCAUCCAGAGAAGAAUCGAAACCACUGACACAGCAAAUUCCCAGGGUAAACGUCGUAGCCACAUCGAAACAACGUUCUCCCAAUCCAACUGCUAUUCGGCUCGCCCACCAAUCCUUCCCACAGUGGGGCCGCUCACACAUUGUUUCACAACUCAAAGAAACUGCUGGUACUCCAUACUCAAGCGAUUCACACAACCACAGCCAGCGGGACGAUAUCCACGUGACACCUGUUCCUCUCACAGCUCUUCGGGAACACGAUCUCCUCACAAAGGUAUGAGUGAAGCAGAAGGUACUCAUGUGUUCAGUAGUUCUGGUGAAAAUGUCACUCUGUCCUGUAUUAAUGCUCUUUCUGACUGCACCUCAACUACAUGGACCUACAACAAACAUAGAUCAUCAGCUGCAGUAGAACUGAUUAUUGGAGGAAUAAAGAAUAAAAACAGAGAGAGAGAUGAGAGACUGAGUCUGGGGUCUGACUGCUCUCUGAACAUCUAUAAAACAACAAAAGAUGAUCAUGGACAAUACACCUGCCAACAAUAUGUGAAUGGACAAACACAUGGAACUGAUGCACAGAUUUUUCUACAUGUUCUUCAUGUCUCUUCAUCAUCCACACAGACUGAGAUGAGAUCAGGCAGCUCUGUGACUCUCACCUGUCAGUUGUUUACAUAUGACAACACUUGUGAUGGUUUGGUCCUUAUUGAGGGUCUUCAGCUGUUCUGGGUGAAUCAGGCUGGUGUUAAUCUACAGACAGACUCCAGAUAUCAGAUAUUAUCAGGACCAUGUAUCAUCACUCUGACUACAACACUCCUGAAUGAAGACAACAACACAGAGUGGAGAUGUCUGGUUCAAAUGAAGAAUGAGACUAAGAUCUCAGUCAGAUAUACUGUCAAGUUUAAAGGACCAACCAAGACAGACGCAGUGCCUGCAGUCACCACCAUAAACACUGAGAGACUCUCAACUCUUAACUCACCAGUAACUCCUAUACAACACAGUCAAGCAUUAACUACAACUACAACAACAACACUAAUACAAGCUGUAUCAGUUUGUAAGAAAACAUCAAGUCCUACAGCACCAUCAGCUCUUAAACAACAAGUGCCUGUGAUUGCUGCUGUGAUUGCUGCAGUUUUUCUCUUUGUUGUUGUCCUUCUUGGGGUGAUUUGUAUAAAAAAAAGAUCAGGUUCAUUCUGCUGAUACUGUAAUUUCCAUCAGAGGGAAAAAAGUUGAACUCCAGAUGAACUGCAGAGAGAUUUAUGCCUCUCUUAAAAGACUUAAAUUACUUUAUGAAUUAAUUACUGUUUGUAUUUAAAAUGUGACACUGAUUGGUCAUUGUAGUUUUUAUAUAAAUUUUAUGUUGCGUCAGUCCAAUGAAAACUUGGGGUCUUGGCUUUGAAUGUGUAUAAUUUUUACUUUUAGAAUGUACUGUAACAGGAAGUAAUUAACCAUCAAAAACUCUGAUUGGUUGUCACAGGGUAUGGUGUUGGUUGUCCCUAUAGAGGUUCAAUAGGAUUUCACUGAUAAAUUGGGAUUUGAAAAGAUAAUGUGCAACUUUUUUAAGCUAGAAAUUGCAAAUAAGUUUUAAUAUAAAUCCCUGAUAGUUGUCAUCAAUGCCCAUUAUGUUUAAACAAUGAGAUCAAAGUGGGUGAUCCGUUACUUGAAUUGUCUACUGUGUUGAGAAAUAAAAUGAAAAAAUUUUUGUGCUAAAACCUCUUUAUUAUCGUUUCAAUAUGUAAGUUGCCCAACAGCAAACAAAAACAAACAAACAAACAGACCAACAGUCUUAAAAGGUCUACAUGUCCAAUACUCUUAACAAUCUAUCGAACUAAAGUAGGAAACCCUGCACAGCACAGGGCGUGCUUCAUUCAACAUUAACUUGAUAGCUAAAAGAUGACUUAAAAUUAAAAUAAAGUUACUACUUUUGGCUUUUUAAUGAGUGUUUUGUUUUAUUUUUGAAUGAACACCAACAUGAAAAUUUACUCUGACCCAUGAAAAAAAAAAGUCUCCUCACCUUAAUGUUUUGUGUCUGCUCAGCAAAAUUACAAGUGCAAAUGAUUAAGCUAUCAAAGAUUGAUAUCAAAAUUGUACCACAGCGCCAUCUAGUGUGUCUGGAAUAAGCAAUGUGACAUUUAGGCAUGUAUUUAGGCAUUUAGCAGAUGCUUUUCGUGAGAGAAAUAAAGAACGGUGUUACAUGAGCCCUUUUGGGCUCUUGGAAGAUGAGUCAGACCACUGCGUUCUGAACCAAUUGGGGUGGUUUGAUGUAAGGAGUGAGACAGGUCUAUAGUUGUCUGUGAAAGAGGGGUUGAGUAUGGCUUUUUUAAGCAGUGGCGUGACAAGUGUCUGUUUAAACGUGGAUAGAAAUGUACCGGUGAGCAUAAAGGUGUUUAUGAUGUGUGUGAGUGUCGUGCGACUGUGGCCUGUAAGAGAUGGGUGGAAAUUGGGUUGAGGUCAGGGGCGUCAUGCACCACUUUUUUUAAGGGGGCACAGUGUGCACAGCAAACAGAAAUUUGUGCAUACACAGACAUCAACCGAAAUAUUAUAGAGCCUUCGGUCUUUUCAAUGGCACUUACAUAUCUAACAAUCUGAACACCCCUGCUUUAAUGCAAAAACCUCCAAAAUAAAAGUGUUGACUAACUUUCAUAUCAAAUACUAUUUAAUCGGAAUAAUGACAUAUUGGUAUCAUAUUUACAUCUGAAACGGCAUGCUUUAUUUAUUUAAGUUUUAAUAAAUUACUUGUUUAAUUGCGUCAUUAAUGCAUUUUGCCAGCAACCGCAUUGUCCUAUAAAAUUAAUGUAUUUUUAAAUCCAUUAAGUAUAUAAAGAACGUGAUUGAUUUUAAUGUUCAAUAAUGAUUUAAAAAAAUAUGUUUAGAUAAAAUUAUUACAGGAACGGAUUUUACCUCAUAUGUGAGCAUGUAAGAUUAUGCUCCCCGAGAACUCGUGGUGUUACCAAGAAGAUGAAUCUAGAAAUCUACUAAUAUAAUGUUGACACGGUCACAUUUUAAACCAUACAUUUUCUACACAGAGGAGGUUAACUGCACAUUACCAUACUGGGGUUUGGAAAUGUUGUGAGCGUUUCUUACACGUUUUAAUUCCUCAGAUAGCAAAAUGCAGCACUAACAGCA